GAGAAAUGGGGAAGCGGCAAACAGUGUCGGGCUGGCCGACAGCGGCGGCGGUGCUAACAUGCACCCUGCUGGUUGUUAUGCUGCCGGAAGUCUCGUCAACUCGUUUUACCGUCGGAGCUAACAUGGGUUGGUCUCCUAAUGUGAACUACACCGUUUGGGCACGCGGCAAGCACUUCUACCUCGGCGACUGGCUGUUUUUUGUAUAUGACAGGAACCAGAUGAAUGUGCUUGAGGUUAACAAGACAGACUACGAGUCAUGCAAUUCCGACCAUCCCCUUCACAACUGGACUACUGGGGCGGGAAGGGACGUGGUUCCACUAAACGUGACAAAAACUUACUAUUUCAUUAGUGGAAAUGGGUUCUGCUACGGAGGCAUGAAAGUAGCCAUUCCCGUCGAAGAACUGCCUCCUCCUCCAAAGACUUCUCCAAUAAAGAGUGGCUCUCUGAGUUUGCUCUCCACUUUCAGUGGACAGGUUGUGGUACCAGCCCUCUUUGCUAGCGCUACGGUCUGGGAUUCAUUUCUUUUACUACUAUAGGAACAUUUAUCAUCACAGAGAGAUCUAUGGCCCUUUGAUUAAGGACACUUUAGUACCCAAAAUGUGGAGAGAAAUAGUUUGAUCUAUGUUUGACUUCAUAGUUGUCUUGAUUCUUGAUAUAUGUGGCUUGUGGUUUGUCCAUCAUAUAUGAUGUCCUAAAAGGAAGUUUUUCUUUAUAGAAAGUAGUAGUGAUUUUAUCAAACCUCAAAUACUUGGCAUGUACAUUUAGGGGUGUUUGGUUGAACUUAACCAAGGUUAUAUUUGAUUUUCAUGUUUGAUUCAGGUUAUGUAGUUUCCUCAGGCAAUGUAACAUAAUUUCCACACAAGGUUUUUAACUAUUGAAAUGAAAUAUGAAAUACCAUUCUUUUUUAA